GGAAUGAUCAACAUGCGUGUAAUCCUCGUGGCUUUUGCAGUGGCUCUGCUGGGAGUGGUUGAUGCCACUUCGCUGUCCAGGACCUAUUUGCCACCACAAGUGCAGGUGGUGCGACCCCAGGUGAUCUCCAUUCCGAGGGUUCAGGUUCAACCGCAGAUCAUCCAGCGCCAGGUGAUUCAACCACAGAACACCUAUCUGCCACCCGCCCCCAGGUUGGUGAUCCCCCAAGUUAUACCCUCCUACCGCCCUGCUGCACAAGUGAUCCCCGUGGCUGCUCCUCGCAACACCUACCUGCCACCUGCCCAAGUGAUUUCCCGUCCUGCUCCCCAGUUGGUGUCCAUUGCUCGUCCUGUUCCACAGGUGAUCGCGGUGGCUGCCCCACGCAACACCUACCUGCCACCCCAGGUGAUUGCUCCCCGCAACACCUAUCUGCCUCCCCAGGUGAUCGCUCCCCGCAACACCUAUCUGCCACCCCAGUAAGAUGCAUCAUCAUCACCUGUCGAAACAACACCACUGAGCAACAACCACCAACUUAACUGGUUUGUGGUUUAACCCACGACGCCAACUAUAUUCUAAUGCUAAUUCCACAGCUCAGCAAAGAAAUGCAAAAAUACACUUAAUAGGUUUAUAUUUGCAUGUCUGACUGGAUCCGAUUUGCAUAUUCCCGAAUUAGCGCAAAAAGACAA